AUGUGUAAAAGAAAUACGGCUUCUUCGCAACACUCUGGAAACUGUGACGAUGACGAUGACGAAGACUAUGAUGAUGUUACCGAAACCAACACUUCGACUUCCUUUCGCGCCAUGUGCGCCGACAACGACGCAGAGGGACUAUUCGCAGACACAACGCCGCCAGAGGACCCUCCAGCCCUCAAAUUCUCGUUAUGCGACGAAAGCCGGCUCCAGCAGAAGUUAGCAGCCGACCUCCCGUGCAUUGUUGGAGAUUAUGCCACGGCCUCUGAUCUGUAUCUUCAAUACAGUCUGUCGCAGUCUUCCAAGGGUGGUGCCAGCCAAGCGCAUCGACUAAAUCUCAUCAACUAUGCCCACACAGCUCGUGGGAAUCAUCAUAUCACCACCGCAAAAGCCAUGAUUCAGGGGCAAAUCGAUGCGCUAGAUGGGCCUUCAGCUCGGCGAUUCUUCAAGCUCCUCAAAGCUGUCGGUGUGUCUCGCUUAUCUGGUGGCGACCCCGAGGCUCUUGACCAAGAACUUCAAGAGGUCAAUGAGAUCAUGCUCGAGGUAGAGGAUUCGUUUGUCGAUGACAAUGACGAUCACAAGAUGCUAUCAAUAAGUCAUCAACUGAUUGACAUGAAUGCACUUGUGCUUUUGUGUCGGGCUAAACAGCAGUUGACAUCAAGAGAAGGCGGCCACGCCACGGAGUUCAAGAAUGCGCCAGGCAUGCGAGACAAAUAUGUCAAGCAACAACUACAGUGGACGUUCCAACACAGUCUUGGCAAGUCAAUCGCCAUGCACAAGUGCCUUGAAUGGUGCCACGGGCCACGGGCACAGGUUCAGGAUCGGGGCUGCAGCUCCAUCGACUCGUUCAUGCCUCUCUGGUCCAUAUAUGCCAAAGAGGCGUGCAAUUCUCGGCAGGCCCAGCCCCCCUGGUAUGAUAUAUGCGAGGCCGAAAUGGGAAUAUCGCCCACCGCUCUGCUAUACACCUUGUGCCGCUAUGACAGCACCGGUCGACUGCCUGCCCCGGGUAGUCUGGGACAUACACCAGUUUAUCAAAACGAUAUCUGGGAUCUUUUUUGUCACUGCUGA